AUGUUUGCGCAAAAAAAGGACAAAGAAAAUCCGACCAAACGCUAUUACUGCCGUUUACCCGGGAUCCUAUUGCACGGUUCCGAAAUGGAAUCGAAAUCGCGUACAGGUACAACAAUCUCGUCGUCGCGCACUCGUAUGUUGGGGCCAGAGAUCGAUCCUCGAGUCACGGAACAAGCCUACAACAGAGAAAGUCUUGGACGGGAUUUGAAAGUUUGGGAUUUCGGCCAGUUAAAGUCUGCAAGCAUAGAAACAGGAAACGAAAACGAUGAGAAUACCUCAAUGGAAGGGGCGAAAGCUCCAAAAGAAGAAUCGGGUAAAGCGAAAACGAAAUUGUUUACGCAAACUCAGCCUCCGGCUCAGCUGCCUUCCGGAAGGGAUCUGCUACAGCGAUCGGCAAAUCCAAGUCUAGUUGCACAAAGUAAGCGGCAACUAAUUUCAGAAGAAGAUGUUGCUGCCCGCUCUGGGCGACAACCUAAAAGACAGAGUGAGUCUGUUCUCGAUAAUCCGGUACGAAAGCGACGAAGGGAAGAGUUCAAAGAAAAGGACGAUUUCCUUUUCAAAUCGAUAAUGGGCGAGACGUCUUCCGCGGUCGCGGAAGACGGACCUGAUUAUGAUAUUCGCACAAGAAAGAGCACGCGGCAGCCUCAAGCUGUUUCAAAACAAUCGGUUCCGAAGCACGCUCCCGUAUCGGACACGGUGGAUUACCUGGAUAUGGAUUGGAAGGGUGACGAAGACGAAGAAUACGAAAACGAUAGCUUCGUAGCACCUGAUGAGGAACCCCAGGAAACACUUGUUCGUGUUACUACAUUGCCAGAAGCUGAAUGGAUUCAAAUGAGUGAGCAAGUCGGACAACUUGAAGCGAAAGUAAGGAGCGCAGACGCGUCAAUGCUAGCAGCCGAAGGGAAAUGGGUGAGGAUAACCCGAGUACUGGAAAGAAUACACCACAACAGUGAAAUGACUCUGAGAUUCGCAUUCGAAUUGCUGAAGAAAAGCCACGUAAACCAUGACCAAGCAGAGAAGACACUAAUAGCUUUGAACAAUCGUUUCGUUGGGACAAUCGACACCAUCAAAACGGUCAUGCCUGAGUCGUAUCGUCGUAUCACUACCCAUGCGGAUAACGGAACCGUCGCGCAAUCCUUCAAGGAUUGGGUUGGUGACCGAAGCAAUACUAGCAAACUACUGGAGAGCGGGGAUGUUCAGCUGGACCGAGGAGGCACAGCAGUUACUGAAGAGGAACAGGAAACGGAAGCGGCUUGA